AUCACUGCAAAUUUGUUCCUCAUUCUGGUCGAUAAUCCAGUUUAAAAUGGACGCCAAUGAACAGGAUGUUAUUAAGGAAAUGUUACCACGUAUUGUUGAGGAUUUUGAUCCCCUUUAUAUUUUGCCGUGCUUAUACAAGCUUUUGCCAACACAAGUUUGCUCAAAACUUAGAACAUUGCGUAAUAGACAAGAAAAAGUGUAUUAUUUUAUAGAAAAUGCUCUUAACUAUCUGACUUUAGAUGAUGUUUACAAGGUUUUCUCGUAUCAAGAUGCGUACACAUUUCUCAUUGACGAAAUACAAAGAAAAAUUCAAAGAAGCAAGAAAGAUGAGGUUCACUAUGCCAUUAAAAUUAAACUUUUCACAAAAGAUCGACGACAACUAGUGGAAUUUAGACAUCGGCUUAAAAUAUAUUCUUUGACAGGGAACCAAAUAUCAUUUAACAGAGAAGUAAACGAUGUUGUAAGAAAAUGGACAGACAAAUCGUACAGCGAAAAAUUAAUGGGAAAAGAGCGAGUUAAGCUUGCAGAUAGAUAUUUCUUUGUAAGGGAUGCACAGUGCGAAAAUAUGAGAUUGAAAUAUGAGCGAAAUCUUCUUUGUACAGAUGUUCUCUCCGAAAUUAAAAAGGUGAAUCCAUUCACAUCAAAUCCAGUUCUGGUAUCAAUGAUGUACUUAGCACGAAAAGGUUCUGCCAUGAUAAUGUCAGAUCCAGCUCUUCGAGAAAAAGUAUAUAAGAAAUAUAUAGAAACAGCAGAACAUUAUGUUGACCAUUUACCGGCUUGUCGUGAAACCGGACUUGUAUUUUAUAUCAAGUAUAACUUUUUGUGCUUAGAGUAUGAGCAAACACGUGACAGUAGGUUAAAACCGAUUUUGUUUGCUACUGCAGAAAAAGCUAUUGAUCAUUUUUGUAGGGAGUAUCAAAAAGUUGCAUCAGAUUUCCAUAAUAUAUUUUUUAUCAAACUUGUUCAUCUUCAUUUAGGAAUAGGUGUUUUGGGGAAUAAUAUAGACGGUGCUUCAAUAACUAGUAGAGACAUUGAGAGUGCUGAAGAAUUGUUAUCCAAGCUAAAUGAUGUAGAACUUUCUGACCGUUGGAAAUUGGGUCUCUAUAUUGCGAAAUCAAAAAUUUUCUUGAUAAAUAAAGACUUUCAAAAUUCUCUAAAGUUUGCUUACAAGGCAUUCAAACAUGCUUUACAGGGGAGCUUUAAACGAGAAAUUAUGGUGACAGCAGAAACAAUACACACAUUAAGUUACAAAAAGUAUUGGAUAAUUAAUAAUUUUGACGAAGUUAAUGGUUAUCAUGAUAUUAAUAGUGGAUACUUUGUUUAUGUUUUAGUUUGUGAAAACAUUAACAUCAUGACAUAUUUUGUCUUUGUGAUGUUAAUGAUCUUUUUCUUUAUUUUCUGCGAUUAUUAGUUCUUUGUGAAGAAGGCAUAUUAUAUGGAUCUGUGGAGAAAAUUAUUUUAUUAGUUUUUUUUGUGUACAAUUUCAAAAAAUAAAACACCCGUUUAAGAGGUAAAUUUGUGCUUGCAGUUUUCAGAUAAAAUAUAGUUCAAUAAGCUAUCUGUAUUGGAUAACGUGUAUGAUCUUUUUGUUUUAACAACUCGUCAACAUUUGCAAUUUUCAAAUAUUCCAACCUCGAGAACCAUUAAAUAGACAUUAAUUCAAUGUAAUUGUUAAAAUUUGCAUCUAAUUUUUUUAUUAU